CCCACGCAACGUUCCCGCCAAAGCGCGCGUCUGAAAUCUUCAAAAACAACAUGGCGGAUCAAUUGUUGAAAAUACCGAAAGAUUUAUUCAAAAAUGUGAAAUUUUACUUAGCUGAGGAAGGCAAUGAUAAAGUAAGGGGAAACAUAUCUAUGUUUUCUAACUAUAGUUUGCAGAUAGCAGCAUUAAAUUCGUGUAUUUGACUUGUAUUAGGGUUAGAUUUUGUCCAGACUCCAGAGCAGACUGAGAUUUAUUGUGUCCAGACAUAAAUUAUCAGUGUAAUUUACGGAUCAUCUAUAGAUUUAAGUUUAUAAAAGUGAAGGAUUGGAUUGCAAAAAGUCAUUUCUUUCCUGUGAAUGUUGUAAUUCAUAAGUGUAGCAUCAUAGAUCGUUAAUACUCAAUUUCAGCACAUAAAUAUAGAUAUUCUGUUUUAUAGUAUAAUUUGUAUAAAUUCAUCUCUGUCAGAUUCCAGUUUGUCUCUACCAAAAACAGCAGGUUUUUGCCAGCUAUUCCUGUGUCAUCAAUAAGAGAUGAUCCUUACUGGAGCUGAUAGAGUUAUCUAGAACUGAUAGACUUGUCAUCUAUAAAUAAAGUUAGUUUAGGUUCUGAGCUAUGAUUAAAUGUCAUUUAUUUUUGUUCAUGUUAGGUAAAAGAUAUUCUCAAACAAGGUGGUGCUGCCAGAGAGUUCUUUUUCAGUAACUUAGCAACACAUGUUGUAUCAAGUACAACUAAUUUUCCUGAGUAUGAGCAAGCCAAGGAGGCUGGGAUACCUAUGGUUAAGGUCAGGACAUUUUAAUUCUGAUAAUUCACCAUCAUCACUAUCUUUACCAUCAUCAUAAUCAUCAUCACUAUCAUCAUUACCAUCGUCAUCACCAUCGUCAUCAUCAUCAUCAUUACCAUCGUCAUCACCAUCGUCAUCAUCAUCAUCAUUACCAUCGUCAUCACCAUCGUCAUCACCAUUAUCAUCAUCACCAUCAUCAUCAUCAUCAUCACUAUUAUCAUCAUCGUCAUCAUUACCAUCGUCAUCACCAUCGUCAUCACCAUUGUCAUCACAAUUAUCAUCAUUACCAUCGUCAUCAUCAUCAUCAUUAUCAUCACCAUUAUCAUUAUCAUCACCAUUAUUAUCGUCAUCAUUAUCACCAUUAUUAUCACCAUUAUCAUCAUCACCAUUAUCAUCAUUACCAUCACUACCUCAUCAUCACCAUCAUCAUGAUUACCAUCAUCAUCAAUUACUAUCAUUACCAUCAUCAUCACCACCACAAUCACCACCAUCACUAUCACUAUCAUCACUAUUAUCAUUAUCAUCAUCAUCAUCAUCAAUUACCAUCAUCAUCAUCAAUUACCAUCAUCACCAUCAAUUACCAUCAUCAUCAUUACCAUCAUCAUCAAUUACCAUCAUCAUCAUUACCAUCAUCAUUAUUACCAUCAUCAUCACCACAAUCACCACCAUCAUCACUAUUACUAUCAUCACUAUUAUCAUUACCAUCAUCAUUAUCAUCAUUGUUACCAUCAUCACCGCCACCACUAUUCAUCGUCAUCAUCGUCACCAUCACCACCGCUAUCUAACUGUGAACCUUAUUGUUUAUUCAGCCUGAAUGGGUGAUCUAUUCUGUCAAAUGUGAAGUUAUGAUGCCGUAUCCUUUUUCGAAACUUUUAAAAUAUCUUCAUUAAUAAAACAAAGAAAAUAUACUAUAUACUAUAAGCCUGGUUCACAUAUAUGCCUGCGACGUGCCGGCGACGAUGCCGGUGGUAGCUUAAAACGUAAAUUAUGCGAAUAUUUGUUCGCCGAUUGCCUCCAGUGCCAGUUACAUCGGCGGUAGGCCGGGAAAGUUGACUUGAGUUCAACUUUGCCGGUAUUUCGGCGGCAAGUAGAGGCAUAAUGAUACAGUCGCAGGCAUAUGUGAACCAGGCUAUAAAGGGAAGACGGGGUACUUUGGGUGAAUUUCACUGAGCACUAUCGUGCAGCAGGUGGUGGUCAACCUGCACUUAUCAGAGUGAGAAAAUAAUGUUCAUUUCAUUAUAUAUCUAGCCGUGUUGUAUUUGACGUAGUUUGCACCUAUAAGUGUCCCCAUUUCUGACUUAGUACCACCAUCCGCUGCCCUCUGACACUGACUGAAACCAACCAAAUUAAGAGUUGAAAUAAGCAUCUUUGUAUUUGAAGGUCUAGUUGACUUAACUAUUUAUCAGAACGGCCGCCUUUUCCCUUGAGAAGAAAUUGUUCUCAGAUGUGGUAGCAUGUCCUUCACAGGUGUGCUGGAUUUGUAAUUAAUGCCCAGAUUCAUGCCGCAGACAGAUUGUUCGUUGAAACAUAUCACAUGCAUCUGGUCUUAGCGUAAACACAAGACAAACUACACUAUCCAGAUGAACUAGCUAUCUAGAAUAGAGUGAUCUAUACUGGCAUUGGUUUUGAGAACAAAUCAUAUCUGAUAUUAUCCUAAUAUUUGUGUCAUUUUGUAUCGUAUGUAAAGAAUUUUACAAGUUUGUCCGUGUUAGAACGAACUAUACAGAUAAUUCCUGUACUGUACUUUUGUGAAAUUUUAAUAUUGUCAUUGAUUUUAUCGAAUAUUGACCUUUUAGAUGCCGCCAGAUGACAGGGAUGCAUUGUGGGCCAUGAUAACAUUCUAUGGAGGACAAUGUCACACAACGUUUGAUUCCAAAUGUACACACUUGUUAGUUCCUAAACCUGAAGGGGUUAGUUCACUCCUCGUCAUAGAUGCGUUCUGCCUGCAAUAAAUUCCCCAACUAAAUAGCGUUCCUAACUUUCAGGAGAAAUAUGAAGUCGCUUUGCAGCAUAAGCAAAAAGUCAAAAUAGUCAUCCCAGAGUGGAUUUUAGACUGUAUUAAAGCCAAGACACUCCUAGACGAAUCGAAAUAUGCGCCAGUCAAUGAUCCAGAGACACAAAGUCAGUCUAUACUCACUCCAGACAAUCAUGGCGAGACCACCGGUGCUGUAGUCAAUGCGGGCAUUGAACGAGUUACUGAGACACCGUCAUCGUUGUUGAGUCCUGAAUCACCUGCUGUUUCAAAAUUGAAGAAAUUAUCAGCAGAUAACAAAGGUAAAAAGAAACCAUGUUUCCCAAAGGUGGACAAACCAGGAAACAUUAUUUCCUAGCCAUGUUUCCCAAAGGUGGACAAACCAGGAAACAUCGUUUCCUAGCCAUGUUUCCCAAAGGUGGACAAACCAGGAAACAUUGUUUCCUAGAUGUUUCCCAAAGGUGGACAAACCAGGAAACAUUGUUUCCUAGUCAUGUUUCCCAAAUGUGGACAAACCAGGAAACAUUGUUUCCUAGCCAUGUUUCCCAAAGGUGGACAAACCAGGAAACAUUGUUUCCUAGCCAUGUUUCCCAAAUGCGGAAAACUUUUGAUCAACUCUCGAAUGGUCGGCACCAUUGUAGGUUCAACUUGUAAUAACAGAAAUUUACCUCGAAUUUAAUGUAUAACAAACCCGUUUGCGUGAGACUAUAGCUGUAAUAUUAUAUUUCGUUGGGCUUAAAUUUUGCGAUAAUUAUCACACAAAUAUCUAGAAAAUCCUUGUUAACUUUUUAUACAAAGCACAUACAUUGAUAAUGAACUACAAAACUCAAAGUUGUAAACAGUUUUAACUUCGUGAUCGCAUAACAUAAAACUCCAGCUAUUUUCGGCCUCGUCGCGUAAUUUUGAAAACGGGUGUAAAUUUCCUAUGUAGAAAGCGAAAACAGCUCUGAAGAGUCGACAAAUGAGAAGCUUGAUCAAGGCAACACAAAUGAAACGACGAAUGAUGGAAUCAAAAGACGGCGCUCUGCAGCUGAAAGUGCCGAUCAAGCUUUACAAACUCUGGGCGUGGUUGAGGCUCUGGCCGAGAAUGAUUACAUUGAAGAGUCGAUUAAUAGCACAUACAAAGCCGAGAGCAAUACAGAGGACCUGGGGAAGAGUAAUGGCGGGAAAGAUGGGAUGCAAGGAAUGGAAGUUCAAGAGAACGGUAGUGAGAAUGAUUCUAACAAAGAGAUUGUCGUUUGUGAGUAUCACUGAGCUCAAAAUUUGACUACAUUAUCCUAAACGAAACUAUCUUUAUCAGUUUUAAACUUCUUCCGAGAGGCCAUUAGCCAUUCCGAAGUUGAUGAGAGGACUGGGGACGAGUGUUAAAAAGUGUCCAAAUUAAGAAAUGAACCAAAUCACUAAAAAGACCACCUCAAAAUUAGUAAGUAUGCAAAGUUUGAAGACGUUUACAUGAACACCCUUCGAAUAAUAAGCUUUCGAAAAUUGUGAAAUUACUGAUUAAAAGAUGGGACGCGCGUCCCAAAAACAAAAAUUACAAUACAUUUCAUAGUAAAUAUCGCGAUUUUCGAUAGCUUAUUAUUCGAAGGGUAUUCAUGUAAACGUCUUCAAACUUUGUAUACUUACAAAUUUUGAGGUGGUCUUUUAGUGAUUUGGGCACUUUUUAACACUCGUCCCCAGUCCACUCAUCAACUUCGGAAUGGCUAGUUAAUGGUCGUCUCUUAUACAUCCAAUAUGUAACAUUGCAACUGGAAGAAACUGGGAAAAAUAAGCGAUGUUUGGCAGAGUCAAACUGGAAGCAUUCUUCUCACAUGUGACUGAGGUGAAAUUAUAAUGAGACAACUGGAUAUUGAAGGAAUCAAACCUCAGUCAAAGAGAUGAAAGAUACAUGCACUGAUCAUUGUGUCAGCAACGCGUAAUUUACUUGCUUAGCGCUUCUGGAACAACUCAAUGUUAUAUCGUUCUGUUUCAGGCACGCUUCUCUCUGGGUGUGUGUUCUUCAUAUCUGAUUAUCAGGAAACUGUUCAGCCAGGAACCAUCAAUACGUGGAAAAAGGUGAGCUUGAGACUAUAUGUGAUCUGACGGUCCAUGUUGACAAAACCUUGAUCUGUUUCUUGGCUUGCUAAGUUACAAUAUCUCACUUCGAUUUGUACUCUUUGUUUUUCCAAGGUUAUCAGACAAAAUGCGGGCGUGGUUGAAGAUGUGUAUUCCACUAAAGUCACUCAUGUCCUCUGUUCUCAUCAGAAUGGAGAUUAUUACAGAAAGGCUCUUGCAGAUGGGAAACGUAUGAUCACGUGUCAUUGGUUGAAUGACGUCAUCUUGAAUAUGAAAUUACUUGCUCCACAAACAGCUUUACAUCUUCCAGUACCAUUCAAGGGUAGAGGACGUUGUCGUAGGAUGGUAAGCAUGUUAGUCGACCAUGUUAGUUGAACGAAACCUAAAACGAGCUAACAUUAUUUAUACUGGAUAGCUCUGGAAUCAUUUCUUAUUGAUCCAGUGUUACUACAGGAGGAAACCUAAACUAAACUAACUUUAUUUAUACUGGAUAGCUCUAUCAGUUCUAAACUGUUCUUGCUAGAGGUCCAGUAAGGAUCAUCUCUUAUUGAUCCAGUGUUACUACAGGAGGAAACCUAAACUAAACUAACUUUAUUUAUACUGGAUAGCUGUAUCGACAAAUAUUCUUGUUUGGUUUUAGAUCAUUUCAGUGACAGGGUUUGAAGGCAAGGAAAGGCAGAUACUGAAGAAUAUGAUUUACAUAAUUGGUGCAAAGUACACUGGCUAUCUAAGCAGAUCUGUCACACAUCUUAUUUGUCGAAAGUAAGCUUUCAUUGAAUUGAAAUAAAUUAGUUGGAGACAUUUGGCAAUAUUUAUCCUAAUUGUACAGUAACUGUGUGAAUAUUGUUUUCUAGUGAGACGUCAGAAAAGUACAAAAAAGCGAGAGAGUGGGAUAUUAUUUGUACAAACGCGAGAUGGAUAAGCGACAUUAUGACCGGUGAGUCUUUCAUUAAGAACUGCUGGACACACAGAGACCCCCGCCAACGAAUUAAGUUAUAUGUAUCAUGCAUAAAUUAUACAAUCGCUAAUUACGCAUUCAGUGUGACAAUGUAUUAUCGCGAUAAUCUUUAUUACAGGUGGGUGUGAUUACCCCGUCAACAUGAAACGCUACAAAACAUUUGGCAGUGACAACGAACUCGACAUUAAUAUGAUUCUGGCUAAAGAGUUGUUGGGUUAGUAUAGUAUCCUUGUCAUCUCUGAGGUCGUGCUUCCAACCCUGCGAAUCUGCGAUCUCUUAAUGUUGUCUUAUCGAUCUCUUAAUCUCUUUAUCUUGUCUUAAUCCCAUGUGAUAAGAGUGCUACCAGUUUGACUCUACCAAACACCGAAGGUUAUGUCUGUGUAUUCGGGUUUCUUCCUGUGGUAACACUGGAUCAGUAAGAGAUGACUCUUACUGGACCUUUAGAGAGAACAGUUUAGAACUGAUAGAGUUAUCUAGUAUAAAUAAAGUUAGUUUAGUUUAGAUUUCCUCCUGUAGUAACACUGGAUCAAUAAGAGAUGAUUCUUACUGGACCUUUAGAGAGAACAGUUUAGAACUGAUAGAGCUAUCCAGUAUAAAUAAAGUUAGUUUAGUUUAGGUUUCCUCCUGUAGUAACACUGGAUCAAUAAGAGAUGAUUCUUACUGGACCUCUAGGAAGAACAGUUUAGAACUGAUAGAGCUAUCCAGUAUAAAUAAAGUUAGUUUAGUUUAGGUUUCCUCCUGUAGCAACACUGGAUCAAUAAGAGAUGAUCCUUACUGGACCUCUAGGAAGAACAGUUUAGAACUGAUAGAACUAUCCAGUAUAAAUAAAGUUAGCUUAGUUUAGGUUUCCUCCUGUAGUAACACUGGAUCAAUAAGAGAUGAUCCUUACUGGACCUCUAGGAAGAACAGUUUAGAACUGAUAGAGCUAUCCAGUAUAAAUAAAGUUAGUUUAGUUUAGGUUUCCUCCUGUAGUAACACUGGAUCAAUAAGAGAUGAUCCUUACUGGACCUCUAGGAAGAACAGUUUAGAACUGAUAGAGCUAUUUUAGUUUUGAUAUUUACAUUUUAUUCUCUACUUUGUAGAUGCAUGGAAAGGUUUUGAACCAAAAGAUAUUAUUAUUGACAAGGUUUUUAUUUUAAAAAAAUAGUAGUAUAAGUCUAGUAUGAGCUGGGAGACUGGGUACGACAGUAGGGCUUCACCAGCCAAUCAGAAUAGAUCUUCUCAAGGUAGAAGGUUUUCGCGCCAUUUUUGAACGGAGUCUUUCUUAAACGUUUGCAGUGAAUAUGCGUUCAAAGCUUUGCAAAAAGUUCACAUUAAUUUCCGUAAUUGUCUUUCUCAUUUUUUACAGAAACGAAAGCUUGAAAUGUUAGAACGAGAGGUGAGGAAUUGUUUAAAUGUUUCUUGCAAAUAUUAUAUUCAAAUAUAUUUUGUGUUGGGGUUUAUCUGUUUACGUGCAUCUAAUUCAUUUUAUAUUUCUCUUCAGAUGAAGGAAGACGAAGCUAAUAAACGGCCAAGGUUUGUUUACCUUUGUUUAUAUUACUAAUUUAAGAUCUACUUUCUCAAAUUUGAGAUCGUGUUUUGUUUACAGACUUGAAGAACCAGCCCGCACGCCCGAACCUCAGGCUAUAGCGCCAACUGCAUCUCUGACGUCAGGGCCAACUGUAACUGUUAUUCCAAAUGUCAGUAAUCCUGUCACGCCAAGAGUUGUAUUCACUGGUUUGAACCCUGGGGCAGUACGCCGCUUAACUGAAGUAAGUUCAUUUUAAUGAAAUAAUCCCUCGUCAUGCGAGCAUGAGAAUUGACAAGCGAUAGUUUCCAUCAGAGUUUUCUCAACUUUCAUUGCUUGAUCAAACAAGAACAAGAGUUGCAUGAGAGUUGACAAGCGUGAGUUUCCAUCAGAGUUUUCUCAACUUUCAUUGCUUGGUCAAACGAGAACAAGAGUUGUAUAAGAGUUGAGAAGCGAGAGUUUACAUGAGAGUUUUCUCAACUUUCAUUGCUUGAUCAAACGAGAACAAGAGUUGCAUGAGAGUUGACAAGUCAGAGUUCACAUGAGCGUUUUCUCAACUUUCAUUGCUUGACCAAACGAGAACAAGAGUUGCAUGAGAAUUGACAAAGCGAGAGUUUACAUGAGAGUUUUCUCAACUUUCAUUGCUUGAUCAAACGAGAACAAGAGUUGCAUGAGAGUUGACAAGCGAGAGUUUACAUGAGAGUUUUCUCAACUUUCAUUGCUUGAUCAAACGAGAAUAAGAGUUGCAUCAGAGUCGACAGAGUAAAAUUCUGAAGUCUGUAGUCCACUUUAGGUUGUAAAUGACACGGAAAAGUUUAAAUAGCAUUUCAAUUAUGUAAUUUUUUUUCAGAAACUAUCCGCAUUGGGCGGUGAAACUGCGACAUCUAUCAGAACUUGUACACACAUCGUCGCCUCAAAGGUAAAGUAGAAACUUAUCAUGAGAUAAAAUGAGGUACAAAGUCCAAAUAAAAUUUCCUUUUUUUUCAAAACAAUUGUACUUGAAACCAUACUGUUUACCUAGACAUAUUCCAUGAAAUUACAGUACCAUUCGAGAAAACUGGCUGUACAGUCAGACUUAUGUACGUACAACUGUCAUUUUUAACAUAUAUUCCUUUCUGUUCCUUCAGAUCAUGAGAACAAUCAAAUUUUUAACUGGUAUAUCAGUCUGUCGCUAUAUCGUCAGUCCGCAAUGGAUUGAUAAAAGCCAUGAAGUCGGCAAAUACUUGAGUAAGGGGUUUAUAUUUAUAAAAAUAUCAAACCAAACUAAGUUUUUCAUUUUAUUUUAAACUUUAAAGAUAUUUUCUUAUCCUUCCAGACGAGAAAGAUUACGUACUGCAUGACGAGGAUGGCGAAAAGCUUUAUGGGAUGUCUCUGCCCCAGUCCAUCGAUUCAGCUCAAGCAAAACCGCUGUUUCAGGUUGGUGAGGUCCAGUGUAGGUAGUAUUCUACAAUAAGCUGUCGUGGUUUGUGUCUGAACUACCUGAAAAAGAUAUCUCAAACGUGGUGGUCCAGUGUAGGUAGUAUUCUACAAUAAACUGUCGUGGUUUGUGUCUGAAUUACCUGAAAAAGAUAUCUCAAACGUGGUGGUUCAGUGUAGGUAGUAUUCUACAAUAAGCUGUCGUGGUUUGUGUCUGAACUACCUGAAAAAGAUAUCUCAAACGUGGUGGUCCAGUGUAGGUAGUAUUCUACAAUAAGCUGUUGUGGUUUGUGUCUGAACUACCUGAAAAAGAUAUCUCAAACGUGGUGGUCCAGUGUAGGUAGUAUUCUACAAUAAGCUGUCGUGGUUUGUGUCUGAACUACCUGAAAAAGAUAUCUCAAACGUGGUGGUCCAGUGUAGGUAGUAUUCUACAAUAAGCUGUUGUGGUUUGUGUCUGAACUACCUGAAAAAGAUAUCUCAAACGUGGUGGUCCAGUGUAGGUAAUAUUCUACAAUAAACUGUCGUGGUUUGUGUCUGAACUACCUGAAAAAGAUAUCUCAAACGUGGUGGUCCAGUGUAGGUAGUAUUCUACAAUAAGCUGCCGUGGUUUGUAUCUGAACUACUUGCAAAAGAUUACAAUAUUUCGUCAAUAUUUAAUAUAUAUUUCUAGGGUAUAACUAUCUAUGUGACCGCCAACGUUCGGCCAGAUCAGAAAUCAAUGGCAGAAAUCCUCGACUGUGCUGGGGGCAAGGUAAGAUGACAUAUUUCAAUACAAUAUAGCAGUUCAUUUACUUAAGAAACAAUUUCUGUGAUCACAGUAGGAAUUUUGCAUGGGUAAAUUCUAAGUUUUGAAGGAUUUGUAAGAAAUGUUUGAAGAAACUGGCUCACGGAGUCAGUUUCCUCAAAUAUUUCUUACAAAUCCUUCAAAACUUAGAAUUUAUCUAUGCAAAAUACUGUGAUCACAGAAACUUUGAUAGUGUAAACCCAGCUUUUAACCGUUUCUCGUAUUUCUCCAGCUCAUGGCUGAACUUCCACCGAAAUCUUCAUUGAAAAGUUUGGCCCAACAGAAAACUGAGGACGUGAGUAGGAUUCUGGGGGAUAUAUUUGUAUUAUGAGGGAAAUAAAGGGACAUAUAAAGCAAUGCUGUAUCUGUGUUCUAGGGUCAGCCAGCGUUUGUGUGCGUCACGUGUGAAGAAGAUACUCAUUUGUGUAAAGACAUGAAAACAGAGGGGAUAGGUAAGUCAUACACACACAUGAUAACGCACAAGUUGUAACAAACCUGCAGCAGACUUGUAGCAAUGCUGUUCCAACAACUUGUCAACAGGAUAUCUUCGUAAUACUUUUUCCCAGCUUGUUGACAACUCGCUACAAGGUUGUUGAGCUCAACAGAUAGAUGUAUUACAAAUUGUUAUUAUCGUCCUGCAAUUCAUCAAUUUGUCAACAAGUUGUGAGUGACAACCUUGUAGCGACUUGAUAAAAUAACAGCAUUAGUUGACGAUAUAUCUUGUUGACAAGUUGUUGGAACAGCAUUGUCACAACUUGUUAACAAGCUUGCUAAAAGCCCGUUGAGAAGAUAUCUUGCUGACAAGUUGUUGGAACAGCAUUGUCACAACUUGUCAACAAGCUUCCUAGAAACCUGUUGAGGAGACAUCUUGUUGACAAGUUGUUGGAACAGCAUUGUCACAACUUGUCAACAAGCUUGCUACAAGUCUGCUGCGAACACAUCUUGUUGACAAGUUUUGAGAUUUUUAUUUGUGCACAGAAGUAAGAAGGUUUUAGUAUUUUGACUGCAACAAACUAAUUUAUUUUCGUACUGUAGGUGUUCAUAAUGUGGAAUUUGUUCUCUCUGGAAUCCUGAAACAACAACUGGACUUUUACAGGUAUAUUUUAGUACAUAAAAGAUAGUUAAACUAUGUCUGGGAUUUUUGCCUUUCCUCCUCAGGCAGUAAUAAACUCCCUAAUCUCGUAAGGCAGAGUAUGCCCGUUCGCAGGUUGAAAAAUUUAAAUUUGAGAUUUCAAGAUUUUUGACUUGUGCGAUGUUUUGUUAAAUUUUUACAAGUAAUAUCCUAUAAAAUGACCUUGAUUAUUUUUCAGAUAUAAAUUUUAAUGGGUUAGAGAUUUCAGAUGUGGACGCUAUAUGACAAGGUGAAAUACUUCUAUGAAGAUUGUAUUGUACCGCAAUGGAAAUUACGGAGAGAUCCCGCAAUCAGGUCUUUUUUGAAACAUACAAAACGCACGCAUCAUUCAUUGACAGAAAUCACAAAAUAUUUUCUGGGGAAGUAUAUAUUCCAAGGGAUUUGUAGAUGGGACUUAGACCCUCUAUUUUGCACAAACCAAACUUUAUUUUUGGAACAUGCCUGUUUCAGAAUUACCCAUCGAAUAAAGCCAACCAAAGGGUUGUGGACUUGCCGUACAACAUGCUAAGUCAGUAUAGAGCUAUACAUUUAUAUAUGACGUUAAGUUCACGGAGAUUUGUAAGCAUUUGAACUCGACACCAAUGACAAUCUGUUGUAUAUUCAAUAAAUCAUUUUUUUACGAACUAGAAAGAUAUAAAAAAAUCUCGUAUUAAACAUUUUUUCA